GCCCCUGAAAGGCAGGCGCCCGGCCCCCUCUCCCUUUGAGAGGGCGGGGACGGCUGCUCAACUCUUGGGCCAAUUAGUAGAUGUUUUUUAUUGUUACUUUUCGGGUUCUGGGGUUUCGAAGCCGGAGGGCAUCGCUGCCCGGGCCCUGAGUUCCAGUCCCAUCCGAGAGGCGUGGGGUCUGCGGAGAUGCCUCCUCCUCUCCUGCUUCGCCGGUGGCGCUCCUGCCGGUGAAGCGCAACAGCAUGAACGGAGCCCUCGGGCCGCCGAGGGGAAGAGCCCGGAGUCGCCAGCGGCCGGACUCUCCGCUCCUUUGCCAAGCCCCGGCCAGGGAGGUAGUGUUUCCUGUCCAGAAGACAGGGUUAUUCAGUAACUGCAAUGAAGUGCACAGAGUCUAUAGAGAGCCAGAAAUUUGACUUGGUGCUGGAGCAUGCCCUGGCAAGAGAGGCAAAGGUUUGGAAGGUGCCCAUUUUCCACAAUUUCACAUUAAAGGGCACAGACAUUUCCUCACGACAUUAUGAGAAAGCAGUUUUGUGGAUCGAAGAAUUGAACUCACUCUUCCAGUUUUGCCCCGAAACCUUGGCCUUGGCAAUCAGUUUUCUGAACCGUUUGCUGGCAUCGGUGAAGGCCCAGUUAAAGUACCUCCGAUGUAUUGCAAUAGCAUGCCUGGUUCUUGCAGCAAAAAUCAAUGAAGAAGAUGAGAUAAUACCAUCAGUAAAGACAUUUGUGGCGCAGAGUGGUUGUAAAUGUUCUCCAGCUGAGAUUUUGAGAAUGGAAAGAAUUAUACUUGAUAAGCUUCACUGGGAUCUUUACACAGCAACAUCAAUGGAUUUUGUAAACAUUUUCCAUGCCAUGGUGAUGUCCAAGUGGCCCCAUCUACUAAAUGGGCUGCCUCAGAGGAAUCCUUCCCGCCAUGUCGCGUUCUUGACCAAACAGCUACAGCACUGUAUGGCAUGCCACCAAGUAUUGCAGUUCAAGGGCUCCACAUUGGCUUUGGUGAUCAUCACCUUGGAGUUGGAGAGGCUGACGCCUGACUGGUUUCCUGUCAUAACUGAUCUGCUAAAGAAAGCACAGAUUGACAGUGCUCAAUUCAUCCAUUGCAAAGAGCUUGCUGAUCAGCAGCUCCUGGGCUUCCACACAUCCAAUGCUGUUUAUAUUUUCCACCCUGCAAACCAAAGCAUCCAUACUCACCUGGAUGGAAGGUCACCGUGCUGUGACUCCACCAUGAAGAAAACAAUGCAAAUGAACUUACGGGUUGAAGGGAGUGGGCCUGGCCCGGGGGCUUCCCAGCCUCUCCAUGCCAAAGCCCAUGAAGACGACAUGCAAGACUCUGAUGAAUUCUAUGAUGGAUUCCAGUGCCUGUACAAUGAAGAUGGGAUGCCAGAAUCUGGGCAGGCCAGCAGCAUGGGUGGCGCUGAUAAUCAGGGGCACGAGGAAAGUAGCAGUAUUUGUCCACCAUUGCAGCCUGCACCCCAGAUUGGUUAGUGAGGGCUGGACCAGAUGGCCCAAAUGUUAUUUCUGUUAUUUCAAGGGUUAUUAGAGCUCUUAAGAGAAAGCGCAGCUUAUUUUGUAACCUCUAGCUCUCCAUCCUUUCACCUGCUUCCUGCCAAACUGUGUCUUUUUGGUUUGACAGGAUCAUAAAGCUGAAAGACCCGUAUCUGAGCCGUAUGUAACAGGAAGAAAAAAACAACUCAGGGAUCACUAUUCAAAAGACAGGGCUGUGCGCUUGGCUUCAAAAGAACAAACUUCAAUAGCAGGAUGAAGUGAAAGCUUAUAAAGUUUCUACUUUGGGUAGCUGAAGUGCCGGAUGUGUUCCGAUAUAAAUGUUGCUAUCUUGCAUACAGUAAAUUAUUAUGCAUUAUGAGUGAGCUGUGGAUGAACUCUGAAGAUUGGCAGAAUUACAUUUUUUGGACUACAACUCCCAGAAUUGCAGGGAGCACUGGCCAUGCUUACUGGAUUGUUUUAGUUCAAAAAAUGUAAAUAUUUCCAGAUUCUAAUGUCAAAGAACAAGCAAUAUUAACUCCAUAAGAUAAGUCUGUAGGCUUUGUAUUUUAAAGCUUGAUCCAGACAUUUACUAAGUGGAAAUCAAAUUAAUCACACAUUAGAUAAAGGCAUCUAAGCAGACCUGAAAAUCAGGGAUAGGGAAUCUGUGCCCAUCCAAAAGCUUUUGGAUCACAACACCCAUCAGCCCUAACCCACAUAAUCAAUGGUGAUAGAUAACCAGGCUUGAUCCUAACACCUUACAGGCUUCCAUUGCAGCACCUCUAAAUUAAGGAGUAUUGAAACUUUGCUAGAGAAAGAAUCAUGGUUUAAUAAACAAUAUACAACCCUUCCGUCUGCUGGCUGACUCUGAGAUCAAAACGAUUGAUUCAUUUAGCGUAUGCCAGAAUAAAUUCCGCCAAAAGGUUCCUAAUCUACAACCUUUGGACUUUUCUCAACAACUGCAGCUUGGGUUUUUUUUUCACCCCAAGGCCUCCAUGACAAACACAUAUAGCACCAAAAGUUACAUUUUGGAAAGAGACAUAUUGCCAGAUAAAUGACUGAAUUAUUACCUUAAAAAAAUAACAGGGU